UUUAUACAGAGAAGGGAGCGUCGUGUGUAUAUAGUUUGACCAGCUGAGCGGGCUGCACGCGGAGGUCAGUGUCUACAUACACUACACUGUACAGUGACGCGUCGACGACACACUUUACUCACGGAUGUAUAAGUGUGUUUCUAUUACUCUGACCUACCCCAGUCUUCAGCAUGGAGGCAUUCAUCUACCUGGGAUUACCUGUCUUGCUAAUUGUGUCCUUUCCUGGGACAUUAUCACAGAAGCUCUGUAGUCAGUGUGACUGUACAAUCAGUGACCCCGAUGGCGGUGAUAGAGCUAUCCUGAACGUCAAGCCUCGAUGUGAGGAGGGUCGUGUCACGUGGCUUAAUGCUUACGGUGCUGUUCGCAUGGAGCUUGCAGCACCCACUGCAGGAGAUGUGAGAUUCUGUAUCCGGGUACAGAGUGACAACGUUAACACGGUUGUAUCCCAAGAAACGGUUGCAAAAAUUCCUGGAAAUUACAGACUAAAAAUUCUCAAUGACGUUGAAGUUCGGUUAUCACCCUUGUUUACAACGCGAGGUCAAGGCAAGGAGUACUGUAUAUCUGGUUCCGGUCCAGUGCACCUGUACUUAGAAACAGAACGUAGUGACGAAGAUGUUGGUGUGGCGAGAGUCAAAGUUCACUAUAACGCUGAGACAAUAGCCAGCAGUCUUCGCUACAGCCCAAUGGAAGAGUGUCGCCCGUGCAGUGAUGCCGAGCUGCUCAAAGCUUACUGUUCCAGCGAUUUUGUUGCCAUAGGAACAAUCGAUGACAUAAACCACGAUGACGACAUCAGUCACAUCCAGGUGUCUGUGACUAAGAUGAUAUCCCAGAGAGAGGCUAUCUUCCAGAAGCCAGCAGUUGGAUGGACCCGUCCCCACGAACUGAAGGGUGUGGUUCACGCCCCCGUCAUGUGCGGCAUCAGACACGGGGAGGGGGAGUUCUUGUUCACAGGCCGCGUUCGUCUUGGUCGACCAGUGUUACAGUGUGCCCCGCGCUAUGAACAGUGGAAGAGUGUUCUCGAGAUGGCGCUGAACAACGAAUUACUGGAAUGUUCAUAUGGUUGAGGUGCUGUGAACGGUGGAAGUCAAUCCUUCCCGAUGAGCAAUGCAGAUUGCCGUUACACUCUGCACGGAUACGUCACCCAAGGCAACGUCAAUCCCUACCGAUGAGCGUUCAGAUUGCCGUCACACUCUGCACGGAUACGUCACCCAAGGCUGCGUCAAUCCCUACCGAUGAGCGUUCAGAUUGCCGUCACACUCUGCACGGAUACGUCAGCCAAGGCUGCGUCAAUCUCUACCGAUGAGCGUUCAGAAUGCCGUCACACUCUGCACGGAUACGUCAGCCAAGGCUAUGUCAAUCCUCACCGAUGAGCUACGCAGAUUGCCGUCGCACUCUGCACUGACAUGUCACUCAAGGUCACCAGUCAGGCCGAUCAGUGCGGAUCCAGUACCAUACUGAGAUUAUGUAGUUUGAUCAUGAUCAAGACGAGGCGAUACUAACGUAGACUGAACAAAUCCCACAACGAAGCGACUCAGUCCUUUCGAGACCGAUGGUUAAAUUCAGAAUUACAGCCCGACCGUGCGUCUACACCGGCCUAGAUGCCCAGAAGUGGCAAGCUGUAACCGUACGUAGUGGACAUGUUGGCCACACAUGGCCUUGUGUCCACCAGACUACAAGACGAAGAUCACACCAAUGAAUGCAGCUAUUACCCGGAAUCUGUUCACGGAGAUGAAAUGUGAACACAUUGAUGUUACACGGGGACACCUUGAGAGAUGUUGAUUUCUAAUGCUAUAGCACUAUCCUAUAGCUAUAUCGUACGUAAAAUUUUAUUUUUGAUUUAUGUCUACACGAAUUUGUUUUGUUUUAUACAGUGAUUAAAAUGAUAACUACAAAUA